AUGCGCUCGUGCGCGCACACCAACUUCAAGCGCAUCGACGAGACGCGCACGCGCCUGACGGAGCAGGAGCGCGCCGAGCGCGCCGCGCAGCUGCAGAAGACGCUGCAGCUGCUGGUGCACGCGUGCAGCUGCAACAACCCGCAGUGCGGCAGCAACAGCUGCAGGAAGGUGCGGCAGCUGUUCCAGCACGCGGUGCAGUGCCAGCUGCGGGUCACCGGCGGCUGCCAGCUGUGCAAGAAGAUGUGGUGCCUGCUCAACCUGCACGCCAAGGGCUGCACCACGACGGACUGCCCGGUGCCGCGCUGCAGGGAGCUGCGGGACCUCAAGCGCCGCCAGGCCGCGCGCCAGGACAAGGCGCGCCGCAUGGCCUACCAGCAGAUGCUGCGCACCCAGGCCGGCGGCGGCGGCUACGGGGAGUAG